AAUUCCCGAGAUUGCACAUGUAUAUAUCAUAAUGGAGUGAAUUUACUCAUCACCCGUCUCAUCGAGUAAAGGCAUUAGGAUCAAAUCCGUUCGCGAAUACGACCUAACGCCAUAAACGGUCACGUUAAGCAAGACAUUAUGACUACGGAGGAUAGUACAAGAACGGACAGCAAAAGAUCCGAUUUACUAUACACGGUGUUAGACCGUCCUCCUCUUUAUGUCACCGCUGUCCUCGCCUUCCAGCAGGUGAUGAUAUCCCUGGCAGGGUCACUAGCUGUUUCUUCCUUUGUGGCCGACGCCGCAUGUGCAGAGGAUGACACGGAUAUUAAAUCAAGGCUAUUGAGUUCAACUUUAUUAAUGAAUGGCGUUACAACUUUACUGAUGGUAAUUGUUGGAAUACGUCUCCCUUUGUACCAAGGCGCUGCUGCAUUGUACAUCGUUCCGCUGAUAGCGAUACAAUCAGUGGAUCCUACCAGAUGCCUCAUACCAGAAGGUACGUCUUCAUCAAGUAAUAACAGCAUCGUAUCCUAUGGUGUAACGGAGCACCCGGCUUUAAAUGUUCUGGCUAUGACAAAGAUAAGAGAGAUGUCUGGCAGUCUGAUGGUAGCGGGAAUCGUUCAUUUUGCAAUAGGAGCAACAGGUUUGGUUGGACUGGCCCUCAGAAUUAUCGGCCCUAUCACCAUAGUACCUACAGUGCUCCUGUCUGGCAUUUACCUGUCCAGGGCGGUCACUAGGUUCAGCAAAACUCACUGGGGAAUAGCAUUUGCAACUGCUGCAAUGGCCAUUACAAUGUCGAUUUACCUAAGUAGAAAGAACAUGCCAAUACCAACAUGGUCAAAGCAGAAAGGCUUCCACUGGACACGAUACCCGCUCCACCAAAUGUUUGCUAUCAUGAUUGGGAUGUUAUUUGGCUGGGGACUGGCGGCUAUCCUCACUGCUACCGACGUCAUUCCAUUUGACCCGAAACACGCCCAAUUCAAGGCACGUACCGACGCUAGAGGGGAUGUUGUCGAGAAUGCGAACUGGUUCUACUUUCCUUAUCCAGGUCAAUUUGGAAGCCCUAUAUUUGAAACCGGAGCGUUCUCUGCAUUUCUGAUAGCUACGUUCAUUUCUAUAUUGGAUUCCAUUGGCGAUUACUACGCCUGCGCGAUGAUAUGUAACGUUCCACCCCCGCCCGCGCACGGAGUAAAUCGCGGAAUUGCCGUCGAGGGACUGUGUACAGCUCUGUCGGGGGCAAUGGGGUGUGGCCAUGCUACUUCCACACAAGGCGGAAACAUUGGAUCUAUAGGAAUCACAAAGGUAGCUAGUCGAAGUGUGUUUCUUUGUGCCUCCAUCAUCUUUAUCCUAUUCGGCUUGGUGGGUAAGGUGUCUGCCAUUUUUGUGACAAUGCCGUACCCCGUCCUAGGAGGAGGAAUGCUUGUCAUGUAUGGCAUGUUCACGGGUGUAAUCCUGUCAAAUCUUCAAGUUGUCUCUCUCAAGUCGACCCGGAAUCUCGCUAUUAUCGGGAUAUCGAUCGUGUCUGGUUUGAUGAUACCCCGAUGGAUCGAGACGACCCCAAAUGCUAUUGAUACAGGCAACCUAACUGCAGAUAAAAUACUAAAGGUACUUCUAGCAAAUCCGAACCUCACUGGUGGCAUCAUAUCCUGCAUCCUUGACAACACAACUCCAGCGACCCUGCAAGAGAGAGGGAUCACAUCAUGGCAUCCGCAACUCGGUGAUGAUCAUAACGAUGACGACAGAAAUAUGUCGUACAGCGAGGGAAUGGAGGUGUAUAACUUACCGUUCUCGGUGAAAUGGAUACCACACAAAGUCCUGAAAUAUCUGCCAUUUCUACCUGGCAAAAAAAAUAACGGCGAGAUGUUCCCUAUGCCACAGUUCACUGUGUAGUCCUCAAUACAUUAACUCCUUAGAAAAGAAGAUAUCUGGUACACGCUGUUGGUAAAAUAUCUACAAUUAGUACCAGUCAUUUUUAUCGAGUAUCAAUUAACAGGAUAUAAUUGUAUCGUAUUAAAGGAUUGUAAUUCAAA